AUGCUCGUCGCUCAUCUUCACGCACUGAUCGUCGCUCUGCUCUGCGUUUACUCUGCAUCCUCCUCGCCUCCAGGUCAUGCGGUAUCUGUGCGGUUCGCCCGGUGCGUUAACAGCUCCCUACAGGAUUAUACACCCACGGGUGUCCGUGACCUUGACCCGAAAAGCUGCUCUGCGCGCUGCGUGUAUGAGGGGUGCCAGUUUGUAUUGUCUUCUGAGACUUGUUCCUGUGGGAACCAGCUGCACGCUCUGGUGGUCAGCGCUUGUUUUAACUCCUCUGUCACAGAGGAGACAAAAGAUGUGAAAGAAGGAAGCAAAAAUCAAAGCUCUGUCUCCACCAUCCAGCUGAUCUGCUGUCGCAGCUUGAUGAUCUAUUUUCUCCAAGGCCCCCGAGGCACGCCCCCCUGCUGUCCUUCCCCACAUUUAGGCUCCAGCAAAGAGCAUGUUGAGGAUGUGACUGUCACUCUGGAUUUAGAAAUCAAGGAAGGAGUGGAUGUAGUUUCCUUUCCAGGGAUAAGACAUAAACAGCGAGAGAAAAUGAUGGAGGAUGUGGAGGAGGAUUGUCCUUCAAGCUCUGAGCUCCUGAAAUUUACUUUGGUAGCUGAAUGUCCUUUCAUCUUUAACCUUAGCCUGAAUGCAUCUGACUAUCAGCUAAGAGCAGGUGAUAUUGUUUCCGAGGGCAACGAGCUAUUCAAGCCCACAGUGGAAGCAGAAUCCAACCACAGCUCUGAAAAUCUCAAAGACUGCGUCUGCAGAAUGAAGGACUGUGACAAUGAGCUGCUUUUUGACAUCCCUGGUGGGACAACAUCAAACCAAACGUGUCGGGUUUCAUUUAGCAUCUCAGCAGAGUCAGAUGUGACUGCCUGUCUUCUGGUGAAUGCAACACCAAAGCACAGAAGCAGCAGCUGCACCGCAGGGGCCGAAGCAACAGUGGUUUUGCUUUUCAACCGCAGCGGGACUGUUGUGAUUCAGCUGCGAGCUGAAAAUCAGGUGUCUUUUCAGAGCAAAUGUGUGAGAAUGUGUGUCAGGGGGAAAAGGAAGUUACAAGCCAAAAAUAUUUCAGCUUGGAAACCACCAGCUCAGAGUGAGGAGGAAAUAGUUGUUAGGAUUUAUGCAGAGCAGCAAGUGUAUCCCACAAAUAAAGACAUAACUUUCCUGGCUGUCAGUGACAUACCAGAUCCUGUAGAGUUCUUCUGGGACUUUGGAGACUCCAAAUGGGCCAGAACCUCAUUAAGGUCCAUAAUUAAAAGAUAUCACAACCCUGGCAGUUACAAAGUGGUGGUUGCUGCCUCUUGGGGUCAGAUGACUGUCACCUCAGACCCGUUUUCCAUCGAGAUCCAGAGAGCGGUGAAGCUCAGCAGGUUGGUUCACCAGACCUCAGUCCUACAAAAUCAGACUCUUAUAAUAACAUGCAGAGUCAGUGUGGGGACCAACAUCACCUUCAUGUGGAGCUUCGGAGACGGAAUAACCAGAACCGGACUGAGCACGACACAUCAUAUCUACCACAGGUUAGGAGAGUUUCUGGUCAAAGUGACUGCAUCUAAUCUCAUUAGUUCUGCUUCUUUGAGCAGCCACGUCUUUGUUGUCGACAGGCCUUGUCAGCCUCCACCAGUCAAAAACAUGGGUCCACUCAAACUUCAAUUUCAGAGGCAUGAAGUCAUCCAUCUGGGGGUGACGUUUGAUACAAACAUGGACUGUGACACAUCAGAAGGCCUUCACUAUACCUGGACUUUAUUUGGCUCUGGAGGCCAGAUCAUUCCGUUGCCUCAUAUAGAUACACAGGGACAAAGCCUCACUCUACAAAGCCAUCUCCUCCAAUAUGACACCUACACAGCCAUAGCAAGGGUUGGGGUUAUUGGCAGUGUGGUGUACAGUAACUACACAGUGACUUUACAAGUGAAGCCAAGCCCUCUGGUGGCAUUUAUCCAAGGUGGAACCAAUGUUUUUAUUCGUACGAAAGACAAUAAUAUGAUCACCAUGGAUGGGCAGAAAUCCUAUGAUCCAGACUACCCUGACGUCCCACUCAGCUACAGCUGGACAUGUAAACCAGUGUCAAUCAUCACCAGCUCAUGUUUCAACCAGGACAUUCCCACUUCAUCUUCUGUGCUGAAAUUUCCUACCAGUUCCUUGAAGCCUAGGUUCGACCAGUUCCAAUUCACGCUCACUGUCCACAGCAGAGGGCACUCAGCUUCAUCAGAGGCUUUCCUCACAGUAACCCCACACCUUACAGGGAAGGUCUCAGUUCUCUGCCAUCAGUGCCAGGGAGAUCGUGUAAACUGGGAUCAGUCGUUUUCGGUCAGCGCUCUUUGUGAGGACUGUAACAUCCCCAGUAAACUCAUCCAGUUCACAUGGAGCCUUUACCUUGUCAACGCUUCAUCCAAGCCCCUUGUAGAGGUCCCAUUUUGUCACACAGUGGAGAUCAGUCCCCCGGCGGCAAUCCUGGAGAAUCCCACAACAUCCACCCUGACUCCUGGGAUGACGUCCCUUCAGUUUCAGCCCCAGGAUUUAUAUCUGGGUGAUUGGGGGUCAACAUCGGAAGAAAGCGGAGAUAAACCACAUCAGUUUGGGGUCAACGCUGAGAGCUACGGUCCAAGUGACGACUCCAAGUCAGAACGCAAAGAUGAGGGAAAUUACUUGAUGGAUCCCAAACCUUCAGUGCUGAUUCAGGAGCCAACUUUGCUGGACUUACACCGUGAUGCAGUAGACAGAGACCUGUUUGAGUCCUACACCUACACAGGAAUCUCCUCAAGUUUGUUAAGAUUCAGACCCUUCAGUCUAAAGCCAAGAAGCAUCUACAUGUUGCAGGUUAUUGCCAAGUCUCAAAAUACUUUGGUGGGUCGGACUCAGCUCUUUCUAAAAACCAACCCUGUCCCAGACGGCAUGACGUGCCAGGUUCAGCCGGUUGAUGGGAUGGAGCUAUACACAACCUUCAGCAUCUUCUGUACCUCAGGGCAGGAGGACUUAGAGUAUAAGUACAGCUUCAGUGUAGGAGGCAGACCCCCCAGGAUGCUCUACCAGGGAAGAGACUUCCAGUACUACUUCAGCCUCCCAUCAGGUGACCCCAGCAAUGACUAUGAAGUAAAAAUCUAUACCCAAAUCCGAUGCAGCAGCACUGGCUCAGCCACCAAACCAUGUCCUGUGACGGUACGAGUCAGACCCAGCUUCCUCAGGAACACUUCCUCCUCUUCAUCAGACGAUCGUCAUGAUCCCGCCCUGAAGCUCUCAGAGAGUCUGAGGACCGUGUCCGCACUGAUGCAGCUUGGGAAUCCAGUGGAGAUCCUUAACUAUAUCAGCCUCCUGACCAGCAUCCUAAACAGACUGAGCCAGGAUGCUGAGGCUACCACACAGGCACAAAGGCACACUCGCAAUGUGCUCAUCUGCACAUUAUGCCAGCUUAAAGGCAGUGACCAGCUAUUGAUGGCUGACAGCAUCUCUGAUCUGAAUGAGCUUUUACAAUUUCAAAAUCAGGUGACAUUAUCGAGUGUCAGACAUGUAGCCUCACAAGUUCGAUCUGUUUCAAAGAAGUUUCCUGAGUUUACUGCCAAGGAGGAGAGGCUCCACAGUCUGAUCAACUUGCUGUCAUAUUGCCUCCAGGUGGUCACAGGGCCAGGAUCAUCAACAAAACCACAAAAAAAGGAUUGUGAAGAAGGAACUUAUUGCAAUGAACCAAACAAGUCCACCAUCGCUCUGCUGGAGCAUGGAGGGGCAGGUCCAGCAGAGCCAUUGGCGCAGCUUGUGGAGGAGAUUCUGCUGACUGCAGCAGACUUGAUGCUGAGGUUCCUUCUGUCCAAUGAUGCCAAGGUACACAAAGUUAAAGCUGGCCCUAUGACUUUGCUUGUUUCAACCCAAAACCAAUCCUCCACAAUCAUCCAGGGUGGCUUCACCACCAUCCACAUGCCAGCUGCUCUGAUCCGGAGGUUGUUUGCUCAUCACACCAAAGGGGUUCGGCUGAGAGAGCAGCAACCCUGCGUCCUCAGAGUGUUGACUGAGCUCAGCCACAACUAUCAUCUCAAAGACUCAUGUCCAGAAGUUAAAACAGGGAGGGAUUUUAUUCCCACCUCCUUUUUCCAGCUGACUGGACCAGUGGUGUAUCUUAGUCUGUUCAGGUGCAGCAGUAGAAGAAAACUCCAUAUUCAUUCCCUCUCUCAGCCAAUAAACAUUAAGCUACAACUUUCACAAAGAAACAGCUCUCCCAGUCAGUACAUCCUCCUGCGCCGCCAGAUCAACUACCACAACUUCACCAUCAGCCAGCAGCUCUUACAGCGGUCCAUUCAGGUGACUGUGGUGUUUACGCCACUGCCCAGUAAGCCUUUUCCCAUCAUGCUUCUGUUCAGGAUGUUUGAGAGGCCAACUCCCAGUAUGCACCAACUGCAAAGGAUUCACCGAUGGGAGCACAGCACCAUACGCUUAACUCUUCCCCCUUCCUACCUUAAUGCUGCAGGUGUCGCCCACAUUGCGCUGCUUGAUGCUAAUUUUGGAAGAUUACCCAAGAGCAAUCUACAAAGCCAAGAGAUAAGCUACAGUCUGACAGUGGACAGCAGUCUGUGUUUGUCCUGGGAUGGACAGCAGAGGGCCUGGACGCACCAUGAUUGCAGGACAUACCAAACAGACAUGUCUUCUGCUGUUAACUGCAGUUGCUAUGGGCUGAGGCCAAUGACCGUCUUUCAGCAGCAGAUUCAGAGCAGCCAGGACAGUGGUGAUCUGGAUCCCCUCCUAAGCGCAUCCAGCAAUGUCACUGUUCUCAGUAUUCUGGUUAUCCUCCUGGUCCUGUACAUCCUAGGGCUGGUCUGGUCCAAAAGAGCUGACAUUAUGUCUAAGGAGAAUCAAAGGGUCCACUUCCUUUCCGACAACAACCCAGAAGACCCCUACCUCUAUGCUGUCUGCAUACACACUGGUCUCUCCUCUGCAGCCCAUAUGACUGCAAAAGUUUACAUUGCUCUGUAUGGGGAAGAUGGAUUCUCACAAACAAAAGAACUUCAAAACCCAGGGUGCACUCUGUUUAGAAGAAACACUAAAGACACCUUUAUAUUGAGUGCCGCAGAGAGCCUGGGCCCAGUGUGGGGGGUUCACAUCUGGCAUGACAACUCCGGACUUUCUCCAGACUGGUACCUCAAAGAAGUGGUGGUGUCUGAGGUAAAAAGAGCGCCGGCAGAGGCGCGCUCAUGGCAGUUUGUCAGUGAGUGCUGGCUUGCUCUCAACAAAGUUGAUGGCCAAGUGGAGAGGAUGCUUCGUGUCUGCUCUCAGGAAAUACAUUUUGCUAAGAAGGUUUUACUGCGGUUUUGCGACUACUUGGCGGAUUUCCACAUGUGGUUUAGUGUGUACAGCUGCCCCAGUUCCAGCUCUUUCACACACACUCAGAGACUCAACGUUUGCCUGCUUCUCAUCCUGGGUUAUGCAUGUGCAAACAGUGUAAUCGUAUCGCAAAUAGAUGUUCAGUUGCCAUUUGAGGUGGGCAUCGUCGAUCUUUCGGAUGUUUCUUUGACCACCGGACUGCUAAGUGUGAUGGUUGCAUUACCCGUUGCAACACUGAUAUCUUUACUGUUUCGGCUGAGGGGAUGUGGAGUUCAACAUGCAUAUCACAUAAAAACAGCACAGGGGGAUUUUCAGGGGAAUGAUAGUGAGUUAGACUACCAAUCAUCUUGGGUACAGAGAGCCUUAAGGAACAAAUACCAGGGUACAGAUAUCUUACAUUCCUCCAUUCAUGAAAACAAAGACACAGAGGGAGAAUCUACAAUCCAUGCAAACAGGGCUGUCAGAAAUUAUGAUCAUCUGGUAUUUGAAGGCAAUAAAGGGCAGGUGCUCCACAAACUGCUACUUACUUCAAAUGGGCAAUAUUUUGACCACACAACUGAAGAAAGGACUGAAAUACCUGAGACUAGGUGGUUUGAAAGGCAGACAUCUAGAAGAAUGGCAGAUCAACCUGUCCGUAACAAGCUGAGACUGCCAUUGUUUUGGUGCCGCUAUGUGGCCUGGGCGCUGUGUCUGCUGUUGUCUCUCGCAUGCUUGGUGGUCACAGCUGAGCAUGGAAUGAGAUUUAGCAGCAGCAGGGUUCUGCUGUGGAUACAGUCACUUUGUGUUUCUCUCAUGGGCUGCGUGUUCCUCAUCCAACCAGUUCUAAUUUUUGCUUUGGCAAUGAUUGUUUCCUUUUGGUUCAACAAAGCAGCAGAUAGAUCUGUAGGAAAGUUACCAAUAGAGACAAACCUGUGGAGCCUGAAUCAUGCUGAUGGACCAGGAGAAAAAUUCACAUCUGCUUUCUAUGGGAAGAAUUCUCCAUCUGUGGAAACGCUGCUUAGGGCGAGGCAGAGAGCUCGGUACCUGCGUCUCAUGCACCCGCCGACUCAAGCAGAACUGAAGAAAACCCGUGGAAAGAGAAGGAAAGAUGCCCAAAUCCAGGAAACACUCUGGGAUUUGUUUUUCUGCACCAUCAUGCUUCUCCUGAUGGUGUGUAUAAUCUCUGGCAGCUCACUGAACGAACAUCAGAGUCUCAACAAAGCCAUAAAAAGACGCUUUAUAAGGUUUGAAGCUGCAUCAAAGCUGAAGAGCUUGUAUUCAAGCAGCUGGAUCAACAGACAGACAGUGGCCGUAAAGGUUCAGUUUACCUUGUAUAGCCCUGCACCUCACUUAUUUAGCAGUGUGACCCUGACCACUGAGCAGAUCCCUGGUGGUGUUCUGUUGCACUCUGUCAAGGUCCAGUCAGUCAGGCUGUUUUAUUCUCCUACUCUAUGGGACUAUGUGACUUUGUUCUGCAAGCUUCUCUUCCUGUUUUUAUCUCUAAUACAAUCCUGCAAUCAAGUUUCCAAUAUUGCACAACAAGGACUGACUGGAUGUUGGAGGAGACCCUGCAUGUGGCUGGAUGUUAGUCUGCUGGCAGUGACUCUAAUCUGUAAUGUUUGUUAUAUCUGUCGCUCCACCAUGACCAUGGAAGUUGUAAAUUUGCUGCAGACACAACAUAGAGGGCAUGUUGAUGUUAGCGCUGUGGCUAACUGGGAACAGAAUAUUCGGACAUUUCUGGGUGUUAUCAUCUUCCUCCUGACCAUGAAGUGUGUGGCCUUUCUUAGAAUGAGCAGAACCUUCAGUUCCUCAGCUGCAGUGCUUUCACAGAUGCUCUCCAGCCUCUUAUGGCCUAUGGUUUCAGGUCUGAUCCUUCUGCUGGCGUUUUCCUGCUCUGGGUAUCUGUUGUAUGCAGAAAGCUCCUUCAGCUCUGUUCCCCCUUCCCUGCAGACUCUGCUUUGUCAUUACCGCUGGCCCCGCGUCACAAAGAGUCCACUUAACUCAAAGUGGGGUUUAACUCACUGGGCGGUUCUGUUUCUAACAACUACUGCUGUGUGGGCAGCAAUGAUACUUGGGGUCUUUUCCUUAUUGGUGAAGAGAGCUAAAAGAUCCCAGAGCAGGAACGUUAGUUUUUCCACAGGAGAUAUUUUAUGCUACAUGAGAAGGAGGGUGUCUGAAUUCACUGGACGGCAAAGACAAGCAAGGAAAGCAGACAAAAGAAGGAUUUUUGUCCUUGAUGAGCUGGAGAGUUCAGUAGAUGAACUCUUGUCCAAACUCAACGUCCUUUCUAACAGCAUGCACCGCACUCACAGAGCUCGCUGCUACAGAGAGGAGGACACUCCUGUCAUCUCAGCCUCGCCACAGUCUUCCAUCACACAGUGGUUGAGUUGGGUUCAGGGUGAGCAUGAAGGAACUAAAAUGAGUGGCAGAGCCCCAUUUGUGGAGGAACACCUCCAAUUGGAGCCUAAUCAUUUUAAAACAAGCAACGUUGAAGUCAACAGACAGACCGAUAUUUGGGCUGAGUUAAAGGAGCUGAAAGACCUGACCAUUGAGAUGAAGGCUGAAAUAGAGACACUGAAGCAGGAGAAUUUAGAUUUGGAAAACCAAAUCAGCCAAAGUGAGAUAGAGGAUCACAAAAGUAAGAGCAUGGGUGAACUAAAAUUGGCGUUCUCAGCUGCAUUUUCACAAAAUGGGGCUUUUGGACCCUUUGACACUGAAGUCACUCUGAAGUUCAGUGAAAUCUUCAGUAACAUUGGCACAGCCUACAACCCAUCUACCGGCAUCUUCACAGCCCCGGUCAGAGGAACCUACUACUUCAGACUAACUGUGCUUGAGCUCAGAGCCAAUCAUACAAUUGAUCUCACCGUCUCAAAAAAGAAAUGGUUUGCUUUGAUCCUCCCGCUGACCUCCAGGGACAUCGAUGCCAGAAGUCCUCACUUCCUUAAACUUCGAAACGAGGCCUUCCACGGGUCUCCUCACAAUGGGACGUGCCUUGAACACCUCCCGAGGGAGACGACCAGGAGGCAUCCGAAACAGAUACCCAAGCCACUUGAGCUGGCUCCUUUCGACGUGGAGGAGCAAGGACUCUACUCCAAGCUCCUCCCAGAUCUCAUGACCGCCUUCAUUCAUCAUUAUUUCAUUUGA